GAAUGAGAAUGAGAGAUCUCUUCACGUGAAGGAACUCGGUGAGAGAGAAAGACGGUGAUCGGGAGAUGGCGACCAAGGGCACGGCAGCGGCGGCAUACCCUAGCGCGGCUAGGAUAUCUGAUUCUCCAUGUUAUCUUCAGUACUCUGCUUCCCUCAAAUGUCUUGAAGAAUUUGGAUCCGACAAGAGUAAAUGCCAGGAUCAUUUUGAUGUGUACAAGGAAUGCAAGAAGAAAGAGAGGGAAGCUCGACUGGAACGCAACAAGACACGGUCGUUGUUCUCGUGAAUGCAGAAUAUGGAUCCUGAAAUGCUAAUGAUAUAUUCAAACAUUGCCUAGUAUCCUCUCGUUUCAUUUUUACGCCUCUGAGAAGUGGUGUUUUGUGUUUCGUAUACUGUUUGUGCUGUAUAAAUAAUCAGUCAUGAAAUUUCUUUUUUAUUAAUAAUAGUAGUCAAUCUGAAGUGGAUAGUGUUUGUUAACGA